CGGUUUCUCCUUAAAGUUCAACGUAAUCGUGAUGAAUGGAGGAUAAAAGCUGGGACUGUUUGAGUAAUCAAGUGUAAUUAGAUACGAUCGAAUACUUUAUUAGAAAUGAUUAUCCUCGACUUUCAAGCGUUUCGAUAAAGCUCUUAAUUGUGAAUAAGAAUUUAGUGAACGACCCUGAACUACUUCGAAGACCAGUGAUUUAAAUGUUUAGUCAAGGACGAAAUUGUAAGAAGAAAUUCUUGUUAAUUAUCCUGUGACGUAUCUCGCAAAUACAUAAAGUGACCGAAUCUAACGUUUCAUCAUUAAAUUCUCUUCGGACUCAUAAGAGAAUAAAUCUAUUUAAAAAGUAACGAAGAUAGAACCGACCGGUCGGCGAGAUGUGAAUAUAUUUCCCAGGUGGAAGUCUUUAGUUUCACUUGAGUAAUUUCCGUCGCGAGGAAACUACUGAAAUAGUCUCAUCGGAUGUAAGUUCUCACCGGAUGUGAAACAACUCGAACGCGUUAUGAUGUACCAUGAAGCCGGGGCUCUGACGACAGCGUACGCACCCUACGACGCGAUAGCAUCUGAUGGAUCCUAAAUGACAUCGGUUAGGUUCGGCGUUAUCGUCAGCGACAUCGUCGAGGGCGUCUAUUUGUAUCGCAACGGACUCGACGUCCCACGCGAACUAGCGAGCCAGCUAAAAAAGACCGGCGUUAUGUCAUUAUCGGUGAACGAUGACGGAAAGCCAUGUGAGGCGUAGCCGCGUAUGAAGCGGGCGUUAAUGGACCGUGAGCGGAGUGUAGGACUGGCACGAUCGAGUAGCUCCGUUAAUAACGGCGAAGACGUUUUCGCGCGGAGAAGGGGUGGGACUUUAAAAAAAGCACGGACACCCCUCGCCGAGACACAUUCUUCCACGGCCGUUUCGUGAAUGAAUCAUCCACGUCCAUGCGUUGUCGUACGUCAGUUUUGACGCGCGGGCGUGAUUAUAAAGGAUUAUUCGCGGUUACUCAUCGUUAGGUCGGUGAUCAGUUAUCAGCGUCGACGUUGACGCUGUUCGUGUCAUCCGGUUGAUGAAAAAAGUUCGCAGCUACGGGUACCGCAGUGUGAAGUUACAAGGAAAGUAGCGAGUGCACUGUGAAGUUCGCGCGACGGCGUGCCACAACGGGUACGUAGCUGUCGAGAAGACGAGAGAGGAAGGGAGAGAGGGGGCGAGAAUCGGUUCUGAAAGCGGAGUUUCGAGCUAUCAGAGAAUUAGAUUCCCUGGGAACUUAUCGGCCAUCUCGGGCAACUUGCUAUCCUGGAGUUAAAGACGGAGAUAUCCGAGCAGGGGACUUGCCAGGACUACUCGUCCUUCGUUCGGACGCAUAAAGUCCCAGGAUGAAGGGGAUGCUUCUAGUAAUGAGCACGAUGGUUUGGUUUGUCGCGGCGGAAGUUUUCCUUGGCGACGUCGACGAGCCGAUACCGAUGCUGGAGAUAUCGGCGGUGGCUGGUUUCAAAGCUAAAAUACCUUGCGACAUCGAUCCGGGGAAUAAACGGGAGGCGGUGAGCAUGGUUUUUUGGUACAAAGACCAGAGGGAUGGCGAGCCGAUAUACAGGGUGGACGCUCGCAGAUCGAUAGAUCAAGCGAGCCUUUGGUCGGAUCCAAACAUAUUCGGUGAAAGGGCGACCAUGAAGAUGAGGCCGGCGAAAUUGGAGAUUGAUCCUUUGGAGGCGGCCGACGCCGGGGUGUACAGAUGCAGGGUGGAUUACAAAAAUAGUCCGACGCGAAAUCAGAAGGUUAACCUCACGGUGAUAGUGCCACCGAACAAGCCUGUGAUUUACACCAGCGACGGCCGAAAUUUGGCGAAGGUAUCGCAGCCCUUCAACGAGGGUAGCGAAUUGUCGUUAUUGUGCGAGGUGAUCGGGGGUUCGCCGCCGCCGAAAGUCACGUGGCACUUCGAGGGCGAAAUGCUGAACGACACGUACACGUACACGUUAGAGCAUGGACACAUUACGAUAAAUCGUCUCGAUAUCUCGAACGUCACCAGAAACUUUCUCCACGCGAAGCUGAUUUGCCAAGCGAGGAACACGCAUCUGUUGGCUCCUGUGACUUCCGAGAUUAUUUUGGAUAUUAAUCUGAAACCGUUGAUAGUGAAUAUCACUAAUAAAAGGGCGCAUUUGUCGGCGCUGAGUACGUAUGACAUCGAAUGCGUCAGUUCGGGUUCCAGGCCAAAGGUUGUAAUCACGUGGUGGAAGGGAAUCCAUCAAGUCAAAUACAUGGCUAAAAUUUUUGAAGAUAGUUCGAACAUCACGAGAAGUGUGCUGAGUUACGUGCCGACCAUGGGGGAUGAUGGAAAACACUUGAUCUGCCGGGCGGAAAAUUCGGUUUUGUCCAACAGUGCUUUGGAAGAUAGAUGGCGGCUGCUAGUGUUCUACGCACCGAAAGUGACAAUCAGACUGGGUUCGAAUCUAAAGGCGAACGACAUAACCGAGGGCAACGACGUCUACUUUGAAUGCAAGGUUCAAGCGAAUCCGGAGGCGUACAAGCUUGUAUGGUACAAAGACGGAAAGGAGCUGUAUCAAAACGCGACUGCUAGAAUUUUUCUUCCCAGCGGACAAUCUUUGGUUUUGCGAAGCGUGACUAGAAACUCUGCCGGCGAAUAUUUCUGCAUGGCGGUGAACGACGAAGGGAAAUCUACCAGCGAAUCGAUCAAGUUGGAUAUAAUGUACGCUCCGAUUUGCAUCUCGUCCACCCAAGUGGUGGGCGCCUUGAAGCACGAAACGAUUUCGCUGGUGUGCGGCGUACAGGCGAAACCGCCACCGACGACGUUUCACUGGACCUUCAACAAUUCUGGUGAACUGAUGAACGUGCCGGCUGACAGGUUCACGCAGGCGAAGCCGCUCAGCGUGAUCACCAAUCAUUGGAACGGGUCCAGGUUGAAUUACACGCCGGUGAGCGACAUGGACUACGGCACGGUUGCCUGCUGGGCGGAAAACCGGAUAGGAGUGCAGAAGACGCCCUGUCUUUUCCAGAUAAUAGUCGCCGGGAAACCGUAUCCCCUGCAAAACUGCACGGCCGUGCAGUCCACCGGCCCGUACGCAUAUCGAAUAAGUCAUGAGGACUUCAAAGCCACCGACUCGAGAGACGCGGACUGGUUGAUCGUCAGAUGCUCGGAGGGAUUUGACGGCGGUUUGCCGGUAACCAACUACGAGCUGGAGGUGUACAGUGAGGAGAACGUUUAUCCCGUCAAUACCUUCUACCCAAACCACACGGAAAGAUCUAGCUCGCCUGGUCCGGUUUUUGAGAUUCCUGGUUUGGAACCCGGUCGUAAAUAUAGGCUCCAUCUGUACGCUGUCAACGCAAAGGGUCGGAGCGAUCCCGUGGUGCUCGAACCGGUCACGCUGAAAGCGGUCGCCAUGUACACCACCGAUCGGGGAACCUCCGACGACGGCACGGACUACAGCCUCUUGGUGGCCUGUUUCGCAGGCGGCGUGACAGCCGUGUGCAUUCUGAUCGUCGGGAUAACGCUGACCCUGUAUCGUCGCAACCAUCCGAUGCAACCGAUCAAGACCCACACGGUAGUGCAGUACGGGAACAAGGAGGGCAGAGUGGUGAUCACGCCGUUGAGCAAAGAAUCUCGGGACGAGCUGAAGGGGCAACUGGGCAACGAUACGGCGGACGACGAUCCGGACGUGAUUCCAAACAAGACUGACAAGAGGCCGGACAUCUUCGAGCCGAAUUACGAGAUUUUAAACAGGUCGAAAGAUUUCACACUUCUCGAGGAACGCGAUUACCCGUCGCCGUCGUCGAUGGUGUACGCCAAGGACUCGUGGAUCUAUCCGAACGGUUACGUGGAAAAAGUAGAGAAGAGUCUCAGCCCGUUGCGACCUAGCACGCUCCCGGUUCAUCGUAGCCACGAUAUCUACACGAGGAGUUCGCGCCUCCAAGAAAGCUGUAUAUAAAAUCCUAAACGUCCCUCGAUGUCAUAAUUGGAUCAUGGAACUUUGAACAUAUCAGCUGUCUUUGUCAUCAGAAGAUCGGUUUGGAUCCUAUUAUAUCUGCUCCAUACGAUGUAGCCUUCUCUGUUGUACAGAUAAAUGUACAUGCGUUUCAUACUUCAAUGUUUGCGAGAAUAUGGGAUAAUUUCAUUUUCCAAGUACGGAACAGUUUUAGUGGAAUAACGUGUUAAAACGACAGAUCUUCGUUUGUCAGUUGUAUGCAAAAUUCUGGACUCGCUGUUAAAGGCGAGUCGAAUGAAACGCAGCAAAAGAGCGACAAAAGGCUCACUGUCAUCGUUCAAAUUCGAGAUUGCGACUCAUGCCAAAGCGUCAAACAUGAUAAACGACGUUUGUAAAUAGACAAUAAGUAUCAAUUAAGAUUCCUGUCCGAACUAUCGAGAAUCUUGUUCUUAUUUUGUCACCUAGACUUUAACGUUAAUCGUAAACGUGGAUGUAAUGUAUAAAAAUCGAGAAUACAGAAGGAAUCAUUUCGUUCGUCACGGCAAACUGUACAUAGACAAUAAAUUUGCGUGUUCCCUGAAUGUUCGUCUCCCAAUCAUUCCCGUACUACCGAUCUCAUCGUCAGUACCGUGGUCAGUUUCGUGUUGAACAUUGUUUCGUGAGAAUACUUGAUGUACCGUGUGCGAAGAUGAGCGCGUUUCACCUGGCGAACGCGUGAAUGCUUGUUUAACCGAUCGAAGCUUUUAACGAGCAUUUAAACGUUUGUAUAUAUGGAUAAUAAACCUCGUUGUUUAAUAA